AUUACAAAGUGGGAUGAACCUGCAGAUUUGCUUCGUGAACGACAGCGGCAGCGACAAGGACAGCGAUGCCGACGACAGCAAGACAGAAACCAGCCUGGACACGCCGUUGUCGCCCAUGAGCAAGCAGAGCUCGUCCUACUCCGACAGAGACACGACGGAGGAGGAGUCGGAGUCCCUCGACGACAUGGACUUCCUCACCAGGCAAAAGAAACUCCAAGCUGAAGCCAAAAUGGCCUUGGCUAUGGCAAAGCCCAUGGCCAAAAUGCAGGUCGAGGUGGAAAAGCAGAACAGGAAGAAAUCACCGGUAGCGGAUCUUCUGCCACAUAUGCCUCAUAUAAGUGAAUGCCUGAUGAAGAGAAGUUUAAAACCCACUGACCUAAGAGACAUGACUAUCGGGCAGCUACAAGUGAUAGUCAAUGAUCUCCACUCACAGAUAGAAAGCUUGAACGAGGAGCUGGUGCAGCUGCUGCUCAUUCGGGACGAGCUGCACACGGAGCAGGACGCCAUGCUGGUGGACAUCGAGGACCUGACCAGACACGCCGAGAGUCAGCAGAAGCACAUGGCAGAGAAGAUGCCGGCAAAAUGAACCCCGGGGCCCCGGGAGCAGAGCUGGAGCGAGACUUCAUUUUGCUUCUGUGUGUGUCCAAGCGCUGAUGUCCACGGUGGCGCGCAAGAAAAAAAACAGUGUUAGUCAUUGACCAUGUCUGAAGCUUUAUGUCCGGUGAUUGGCCUCUGCUUCUUAAUUUAUUUUAAUUUUUUUACUCGUGCCACUAAAUAUCAGGCAUUUUAAUAAUAUUAUUACGAAAAAUGUACAGUACUUAUAACAUUAUAAAUCAUGGGUGAGAAGAGAGGGUAGUUUAACUUUAUUUUCGUUUGUUUAGAGAUUUUCAGUUGAACGAUAUUUUACCAUUGACUACUUUUUUAUUCUUCACUGUAGUUUUAAAAUAAAGAAACUGUACUUGACGGUGCUAUACAAGUCAAAAAAAUACAUGCCUGCCUCGUAGUGAAGUUGUAGCUUUCAGUAAUAUGUAUAUUUUAAUCAGUUUUCAACAUUUUGUGAAUGUUGACUACCUGACAUUCAUUUUUAGAUGUGCUAUUAACAUUCGGUUGGAUUCAGAGAGUUACCUUGAAAGUUUUAUGUAUAAAUAUGUAAAAUAAAAAUUUUAAAAAUUGUUUCAUAUGAUACGUCUUUUUGUUGCCUAGUGGUUGACU